GAUUAGGGGAAGAAUGAAGAUAAUGGUUAAUCCAAUUGCCGGUGGCAGCUGCUGCAUUAAUUAAUGAUGUGUAUAUGUCAGUAAUUCCUUCCUCUUCAUCUUGACGUUGCAUUCCUUAAUAAUUUCCAAUUAAAUGAAGAAAAUAUGAUAGCGAUGUACCAAACUUAGUGGACGCAUGAAUAUAUAAUUCUGCAAUUCAAGAUGAGGGCAGCGGUAACAGCAACAGGGCUGGUUAAGUAGCAGCAGCAUUCAGGCUCAGCCACAUGCAUGGGAUGGCUUCCCGGGAGAUCAAGUCACCCGAGCCCCUCCCCGUGACUCCGGUGAGCGUAGAGGCGCCUCACCGGAGGAAGCGGCUUGGGCUGUACUUUCUUGAAUCCGACGACAGGAGGACGGCUCUGGGGGGCGGCUACACUGGAGGAGCAACACCGGUGAGCAUCCGCGGGAAACCACUUUCCGAGCUCAGUGUGUCCAAGACCGGCGGCUGGCUUGCUGCUUUCUUCAUAUUUGGUAAUAGGAAAAUAUGCACUUGGUGUUUUUUUGUUCAAAAUGAUAUAUUACCCAGUUCAACUUUAACUUUUGCAGGGAAUGAAAUGGCAGAGAGAAUGGCUUACUUUGGUUUGUCUGUGAACAUGGUGGCGUUCAUGUUCUACGUGAUGCACCGCCCUUUCGAGGCCUCUGCUAACGCAGUCAACAACUUCUUAGGGAUAUCGCAGGCGUCGUCCGUGCUUGGUGGUUUCCUCGCAGACGCAUAUCUCGGGAGAUACUGGACCAUAGCCAUCUUCACCACCAUCUAUCUUGCAGGUCUAACAGGGAUCACCUUGUGCGCAACCAUAACUAGUCUGAUGCCAAAUCAAGACAAAUGUGAUCAGAUUGCCCUUCUCCUGGGCAACUGUGAUCCUGCAAAGCCAUGGCAGAUGCUUUACCUCUACGUAGUUCUCUACGUUACUGCGUUUGGAGCCGCAGGGAUUAGGCCGUGCGUCUCUUCCUUUGGCGCGGACCAAUUUGACGAAAGAAGCAGGGACUACAAGAAGCAUCUCGACAGAUUCUUUAACUUCUUCUACCUCUCAGUCACUGUUGGAGCAAUUGUGGCAUUCACAGUAAUAGUGUACAUUCAGAUAAAACACGGAUGGGGUAGCGCCUUUGGUUCGUUAGCUGUAGCUAUGGCCAUUUCGAACUUGGUUUUCUUCAUCGGAACUCCUCUUUAUAGGCACAGGUUACCUGGUGGAAGCCCCCUCACCCGGGUGGCACAAGUCCUGGUUGCCGCCUUUAGGAAGAGAAAAGCUUCGUUUCAGAGCAGUGAGAUAGUUGGCUUGUACGAGCUUCCUGGCAAAAGAUCAGCCAUAAAGGGUAGCAGCAAGAUCGCACACACAGAUGACUUCAGAUGCUUGGACAAGGCAGCCCUGAAGCUGAAAGAAGACGGCAUUGAUCCGAGCCCCUGGAGGCUCUGCACAGUCACACAAGUUGAGGAGAUAAAAAUCCUUAUCAAACUGGUCCCAAUUCCAGCUUGCACCAUUAUGCUCAACCUUGUCUUAACAGAAUUUCUAACUCUAUCAGUACAGCAAGCGUACACAUUAAACACUCACAUGGGCCGUCUAAAGCUUCCUGUAACGUGCAUGCCCGUCUUCCCUGGACUCAGCAUAUUCCUGCUGCUCUCACUGUAUUACUCAGUGUUUGUUCCAUUAUCCCGGAAAAUAACAGGCCAUCCUCACGGUGCCUCUCAACUGCAACGGGUGGGCAUCGGCUUGGCUGUCUCCAUUGUGUCCGUGGCAUGGGCCGGACUCUUCGAGAGGUACAGGAGACAUUACGCCAUAGAACACGGCUACGAGGUUAGUUUCCUGACCCCCAUGCCGGACCUGAGUGCAUACUGGCUGCUCAUACAGUAUUGCUUGAUCGGCAUUGCUGAGGUUUUCUGCAUUGUUGGAUUACUGGAGUUUCUCUACGAAGAGGCACCGGAUGCCAUGAGAAGCAUAGGAUCUGCAUACGCCGCGGUUGCUGGUGGCUUGGGUUGUUUUGCAGCCACCAUACUCAACAACAUUGUCAAGUCUGUCACGGGCGAUGAAGAGAAAAGAAGACCCUCUUGGCUGUCUCAGAAUAUAAACACGGGCCGAUUUGAUCAUUUCUACUGGCUGCUUACAGUCAUGAGCGUGAUCAAUUUCGGCGUGUUUUUGUUCGCAGCACAUAGGUAUCAAUACAGAGCAAAGCAGGUGACAGAGAUAAGAGAACAAGCAAUCAUGCAACUUAGCACCAGGGAUCAUACACUACCUUAGUAUUUGUUUCUGUAGUCUGAUGUUAUAAUUCCUUCUUCCAAUUUAAUGUAAAUGUAACCGUAACCGGUGUCUUCAGUCAAGUACCGGACCUUUAAAGGUCAUCGUCUUAAUAGCUCA